UCUCACCUGAGAGCUGAACUUAAAGCACACCUGAGUGCGCCUCAGAGACAGAAACACCGCAGAGAUGGACAACCUCGCACAGAUAGCCGGCCAAAAAGCGGGUAGCUUGGUGGAGGGGGCAGUGAAGGGAGCUCUGAAUUCAGCCAACAAGAACAAAGGUGAGAAGAAAGGAGGAGGAGGCGGCAUCUUCUCGAUGUUUGGAGGCAACAAGAACAAAAAUAAGGACAAAGACGAUAAAGGAGCACCCCUCCCAAAUGUGCCCAACAAAGAUGAUAGUGGGGGCAAGAAACCAGUACCCGAAGGGAAUUUAGCGGGAACUACAGGAGGGAGCGUGGGACCGACGAUGGGAGGAGGUGCAGGAGGAAGUGGAGGAUCAGCUGGACCUGUAGGACAGGAAGGAGUCACAACAGACAGAGAUCUGAUGGAUGAUCUGUUCGAGCUGGGAGACGAAAUGAAAGGGAACUGAAGCAAAAGGAAGAAAACCCGACUCCCACAACCACUCAGAGAAGAUCCGGAAGGACGAGAGCGCCCACAUUUUUCUCUGGUCUACAGUUUUGCACAGAACUAAAGAUUUUAAUGCAUUAUCAGCCUAUUAUUCACCGUGUUUUAUUCACCGUGUUUUAUUCACCGUGUUUUCUGCUUUUAGAUAACCAGUCAGUGUGUUUAACUUUAUCAUAAUAAUAGCACCAGCAAAGACGUUAUGAAUGAAUAAAUUUAAAUGUUUUACUGGAGGGGACUUUUCCUUCUUUUGGUCAGUUUGUCAGUAUUUUGUCUCGUAGAAGCUUCUCGUAAACUCCAUGGUGGAUGUUUUAAAGCAUAUAUUAGUUUUAAUUUUAAGAAAAAUAAAAAUCUUACACAUAGUUCAAUAUAUGAUCAUUGAAAAUCAAUAAAAGCAAUCUGAAAUAAAUACUGUCAUAACAAACAGAAUUAAAUAAAGAAAUAAAUUUAUGAAAA